AUGAAUAAAUUGCGAAUCGUGUUUUUUUGCUUCUUUAUAACUGAUUGGAAGCGAAGUUCAUGUAAUGUGGAAGCGAUGAGUAAAUUCAAAUUUGUUGGUAACAAAAUGCCAUACAAUUUUAAUUGGGUUUUUCCAAGAAUGGAAAAACCAUCAUUUCUUUUUCGUAUUGCAAGUCAAAUGACGAUAGGCCUUGUUGGAUUUUUUUCACGAUUAUUGAUAGUCUGCUUGAAUCGAACGAACAUUUAUAAUAAACAUCAUUUGGAAGAUCUCAUGAUUCGAAGGCCAAAUCAAGCACUGCUAACAAUAAGUAAUCAUUAUUCAUGUUUUGACGACCCCGCUAUUUGGGGAUGCCUCAAAUUAAGGAACGUAUGCAAUUCAAAACGAAUGAGGUGGUCUAUGGCAGCUCACGACAUUUGCUUCACAAAUAAACUUCAUUCACUUUUCUUUAUGUUUGGUAAAUGUAUUCCUGUUGUACGUGGCGCUGGAGUUUAUCAACCAGCAGUUGAUCUCUGCAUAGAGAAGUUGAAAUUGGGUGAUUGGGUGCAUGUAUUUCCAGAAGGACGAGUAAACAUGGAAAAGGAAUACAUGAGAUUGAAGUGGGGAGUUGGCAGAAUUCUGUUCGAGUCCUUUCCAGUAAAUCCAAUCAUUAUUCCUAUCUGGCAUGAGGGAAUGAAUGAGCUACUUCCGAACUACCCGCCUUACUACUUCCGACUUAAUUCUAAAUUAACAUUUAAUUUUGGUAAACCCAUCGACUUAAGUGAAACAAUGAAAAUGAUUUUCGAUAAAAAUAUUGACGAAGUUGAAGCUCGGCGAGUGAUCACUGAUGAAAUACAAAAGAAUCUUGAAAUACUUCGAGUUGAAACUGAACAACUUCAUAAUAAAUCAUAGUGUAGAGAAGUUUUAGAUUACGAAUGCUUAACUAGUCAAGAAAAAACCAAAAGUUCCAUAACAUCACUCAAAGGACCAUUUUACUUAAAAGAACCUUUAAAAAAAAAGCAAAAUUGUGUUCAUAAAAUAAAAAUUAAUCUUAAGUCAGUUGAACUAACUUAGAUAAUUUAUUGUAAAUAAAGUUUUUGUUGAAUAAAAAGUGAAAUUUAUAAAAUUAAUAAAUGCAACAGUUUCAAUUUUUGAAGUUUUCAGUUACAACAAAUGUGAUUGUUAUCACGAAUUUUAAUAUUUUACAAUUUUCUUAAUGGCUUCGAAGCAACGCAAUCUAUCAGGAAGAUAAAAUGGCUCAAACACAUGAGGGAAUGGAGUAUCCCAGCCACAUACACGUGCGAUUGGUGCUUCAAGAUGAAGAAAACAAUCUUCUUGAAUUGACGCAGCAAGUUCAGCACCAAAGCCAUUAGUAAGUGGAGCCUCAUGGGCAAUUAUUACGCGACCAGUUUUCUUGACAGACUUGCAAACAGUUUCACGAUCCCAAGGCAAGAUCGAAACGAGAUCGAUGAGUUCGCAUUUUACUUUCAGUUCGUUUUUAGCACGUUCAGCAACUUCUCUCAAAACAUGAACUUGUGUUCCCCAUCCAAUUAAUGUUACGUCAUUUCCAUUCAUUAAUACGUCAGCUUUCCCUAAUUCACAUUCAUAAGAAGCGACUGGAACUUCCUCAACAGCACUUCGAUAAAGAGUUUUUGGCUCCAAGAUGAUACAAGGAUUUUUAUCAUUAAUCGCAGCUAAUAGAAGUCCUUUGGCUUUGAUUGGUCCUCGAGGCACAAUUACUUUCAAACCUGGUGUAUGUGCAAAAUAUGCUUCAGGAGAUUGAGAAUGAUAUAAAGCACCAUGACCAACAGCACCAAAAGGAGCACGAAUUGUUAAAGAUCCGCAAUCAAACAUAUUUCCACUACGAUAACGAUAUUUGGCAGCUUCAUUGACAAUCUGAUCAAAUGCUGGGAAAAUAUAGUCGGCGAAUUGUAUUUCAGCAAUAGCUUUAGCACCAGUAGCAGCAACGCCAAUAGCAAAUCCAGCAAUUCCUUGUUCACAUAAUGGCGUGUUGAAUACUCUGUCAGCACCAUAUUUAUCUUUUAGGUUUAACGAGCAUCGGAAGACUCCACCAAAAGCAACAUCUUCACCAAAAAGCAGUGUUGAAUCAUCGGUUGCUAAUGCAAUGUCCAUUGCAUUAUUAAUAGCUGUGAACAUAUUCAUUUUUGUUCUUUCGCCAUCAACAUUUGGACUUUUCUCAUCAGGUUGAUAUGUAAAAUGAGAAACAUUUCGAGCUAAUAUUUUAUUUACAUGGCCUAUCGGCCUAAGAGCACUUUUAAACUUAGAAAGAGUUCCGAUCAUUCUUUAUUCGAUUUAAAAUAAUAAAAGAAAAC